AUGAAAGCAAUAAAUCAAAUCGAUUUUCUAUUGUUGUUUAUUUCUUUGUUUGGUAAUCAUCAAGUCAGUGGUUUAGGACAAUGUGAAACACUAGGUCCAGAUUCAUGUCUGACAGCCUACCCCGAUUGCAUUGUCGUUCCUAUCAGAGCAUGUUGCUACGGUGUCGGUUCUGUAUGUGUCAGUUCUACCUACACUUCGAUCAUUGACAACGGCAAUACCACGAUUACAGGUCAGCCAAACUGUCUGAAGAAUAUCAUAACCAAUCAGGUCUACCAGCUCGACUAUGAAAUCUCACAACUCCCGGGCUACGAGAUAUCGACACCGAACAACAUGACCUGUGCUACGAUGAAUUGUGAAGGACUGGGAUUGUACAGGUGGCAAACUAGCAGAGGUAUAUGCGAUAUGCCUUGUCCCGAUGGAUUCGUAUGCAAGUCCAUAAGAGGAUCGGCUCAAUGCGUGCCAACUACAUGCAAGGAUCUAAAGUGUGACAGUCAGAGUGAGUGUAUCCACAUGGUCGAACUCGGAAUGGCAGCAUGUUUCCUCAAGAUCGACAAAAACGAUGUCAUACCUUCGUGUAUGACCUCUCCAUGUCCAACAGGUUUCGUUUGUCAAAAAGGUGAAUUUUCAGAUUUUGAUUGUAUUCCAGAGACUGGUGAUUUAUUCCAGGAAGAUUACAAUUGUUCUUCUUGUCCAAAAGAUUUUAUUUGUGAUCAAUUUGGUUGGGGUAUAAUGUGUACGGAAUGGUCGUUUUCAGAGGGACCACCACUUCAGUGUUACGAAUCGAAUUGUUUGUUUGCCCAGUUUUGUAAUCACGAUACGAAACGAUGUGAAUUCCACCGAUGCUCUGAUAAUCCUGAUCUAUGUGCAAAGGAUAUGGUUUGUGUACAGUUCGAUGUUACACAGCCAAGGGUUUGCGCAUCCAGGUCAGUCGUACCCUACACAGACACACCACUUUGGUUACAGAAAUUCCCAUUCCUCAACAACAGAGAUUCAUUCACCGAUUAG